AUGGACAGCGACGGCAGCAGAAAGGCAAUGCAAGGCGACUGUCGCGUCCGAGCCACAGCGUCCCCACCGCCGCCGCCGCCGAGUAGCAAGAACCCGAUGCUGUUGGACGACAUGCGAGAAAGCGGUGAAAAUCUGGAUCGGUCGGUCGGGUCAUUCAUUCUGUCGAAGCGCUCGCUGACAGAAGCUGUGGCCGAACGAACGUCCAUCGACCGAUUUUCAGGCGGUGAUCGGCAGGCGAUGUCCCGAAUAGCCGUCCAACAGGCACAUGAGACGGCGUUUCCCAGUAAUGUGUACUUGAAGCACUUCGGCUGUUUGGCUCUAGCAAAGUCAGAAGAACAGGGGCAGUUGAACAACUCUGAGUCUGUAAUCGAAAAGUCUUUUGAGAAAUGGUCGCUAGAUUUAUUCUUCGCUUCAUCUGAGAUCGUCCUCGUUGAGUUCUACGUCUAA